AUGGAGGAUCCAUCGACGCUCCCCGAGACGCAUUGUGGCACCAGCCGAUACUUUAAGCGAUGUGCCAUCCUCGCCGCCUUUGGCGGUACCUUUUUCGGGCAAGUCGACUGCGCCUUCGACCAGUCGGUCGUGGCCAACGCCUUUGCCCUCCCGCAGUUUACCGAGUACUUUGACAGCCCGGACGCAAACCAACAGGGCAACAUCGUCAUCCUCUUCAUCGUCGGCGGCAUGGUCGGGGCCUUCCUGGCGGGCUGCUUCUCCGACCGCCUCGGCCGGCUGACCGUCAUGGGCACGGGCGUGUGCGUCUUCACCGUCGGCGCGACGCUGCUCGUGGCCGCCGUCAACGUCCCCAUGCUCUACGUCGGGCGCCUCGUCUCGGGCGUCGGCUGCGGCGCCGUCGCCAACAACACGCCCCUCUACCUGAGCGAGAUCUCGCCCGCCCACCGCCGCGGCCGCUACACCAGCCUGUCCAACGUCAUGGAGGAUCUGGGCUUCGCCCUCAUCGCCUGGGUCUCCUAUGCCUUUAGCUACGUCGCCGGGCAGGCGUCGUGGCGCCUCAUCUUCGCCUGCCAGUACGUCGGCUCCGUCGUCCUCAUGUACGGCGUGUGCGUGCUGCCGAGCUCGCCGCGCUGGCUGGCCCUCAAGGACCGCGGCGAGGAGUGCCUCAGCACGCUGGCGAAACUACACGCGGACGGCGACGAGUCGGAUCCCCUCGUCCGCUUCGAGGCCGCCCAGAUUCACGACACGGUGCAAGAGGAAAACGCCUUGGCCAGUAAAAGCAGCUGGCUGGAGCUGCUUCGCCCCGGGCCAAACCUCAGAAGGUUUGCUCUGGCACUGGUGCUGCCCGGAAUACAGCAGUUUACGGGGAUCAACGCCAUCACGUACUACGCCCCUGCCAUCUUUGAGAGCGCCGGUAUCAAAGACUUUCACUCGCAGAUUCUCCUCAACGCCGGCAACACCACCCUGGGAACGAUUGUAUCCCUAACGGCGCUGUACACGCUCGAUCGGUUCGGCCGCCGGCGCGUCCUGCUGGCUGGCAUCUCGGCCAUGACGGGCCUCUGGCUCAUGAUCGGCCUGCUGCUGCGGUACUACCCCGCGACGGCGACGACGGCCGCCGUGCCGCACGGCUUCAUCGUGCUCUUCAUCUGGCUCUUCUACAGCGUCUACGUCGCCAGCUGGGGGCCCUGCGGGUGGUGGGUGCCGAUGGAGGUGCUGCCGACUAACCUGCGCGCCAAGGGGGCGGCCGUGUCGGUGGCGCUGACCUUUUUGUACAACCUGUGCGUGUCCAAGACGACGCCGCUGCUGUUUGUGGCGAUAGAGUACCGCACCUACUUUUACUAUGCCGGCCUCUGUGCGUUUAGCACGCUCAUCACACUCUUCUUCCUACCCGAGACGCAGGGCCUGACGCUCGAGGAGCUGGACGAGCUGUUCCUUACCGCCCCAUAUAUCGUCUGGUUUGGCAAGUACAGGGUCAACACGACGGCCAUUAUCGAGAAGCGGGCGGAGUACAGGAACAUGGAGGGAGAGAAGACGGAGGGCGCGAGCCACGUCGAGACGGCCGAAACUGUUGGAUGA